AUGGCUUCCUCAUCUGUUACCGUCCCUCCCGGAAAGUACGAGUUUCUCGUUGUCGUCCAUGACAAGCCCAAUGUUCGAGAGAAGAGACUCGAGGUUCGAGGAACCCACUUCAAGAACAUGGUUCCUAAUGUUGAGAAUGGAAGCUGGAAGAUGGGAGGUGCCAUUCUAAACGGUGUCCCCAAAGAUGACAGUGUCGACAGCCUCGACUUUGCCGGCAGUACCCUUGUUUGCAUCGCUGAAUCCGUAGAAGAGGUCAGAGAGCAACUCAGCAAAGACAUCUAUGCUACAUCAGGCGUCUGGGACAUGGACAAGGUCCAGAUCUACCCCUUCAAGGCCGCCUUCAGAAUGAACUAA